AUGGCGAGCAGAUACAACUAUGAAUCCCCUGACGGUUAUGAGAUGAAUGGCCCGCCAGCUCCCAAGUACGAGGUCGACCGCGCCGGAACUCUGGCGCCAAGAUGGUACGAGUACAAGCACUGGAAUAGAAGAACCUGGAUUGGAGUUGGUGCAGUGGUAGUACUGGUAGUGGUGAUAAUUGUUGCGACGGUCGCUGGGGUGGAGGUGGCCAAGAAGAACAAUAGAUAUCCGGACUAUUCGAAGUUGACUUAUAAACUGAGCGAUACAUAUUCAGGAGAAAACUUCUUCGACCAGUUCGAUUACUUCACCGGCUAUGACCCUACUGGAGGGUUCGUCCACUAUGUUCCAGCGGAGAUGGCGAAACAAUACAAUCUAACCUAUGCAUCCCCUUCCUCCGCCAUCGUCCGCGUCGACACCUCCGUAACGCCCGAAACGGUCCCAAACGCAUCUACAGGUCGUUUCUCAGUUCGCAUCACAUCAAAGAAGCAAUACGGAAUCAACAACCUCUUCAUCUUCGACGUAUCACACACUCCCAUCGGCUGUGGUACAUGGCCUGCUCUUUGGCUCACCGACCCCGCAAACUGGCCAGAAAAUGGCGAAAUCGACGUCAUGGAGGCCGUCAAUGUUGUUUCCUCGGCGGCGAAUCAGAUUGCGCUACAUACUUCCAGCGGGUGCAGUAUGGGGGGCGUCAAGCGGAAGGAAUCUGGGAAUUCCCUCAGCAGCUCCUGUGUGAAUUCUACAAACGGUAAUGAAGGUUGUGGGGUUGAUGCCGGGACCAAUACCUUCGGAAAGGCGUUUAAUGAUCAAACCGGCGGUAUCACGGCCAUGGAGCUACGGAGUGCUGGUAUCAGGGUGUGGACGUGGGCGCGCGCCAGCAUUCCAGGUGAUAUCAGCAGCGGCAACCCCGAUCCGAGUACCUGGGGUGAAGCCACUGCUGAUUACCCAAAUACGAAGUGCAACAUUGACAAUCAUUUCCGGAACCAGAGUAUUAUCGCCAAUAUCAAUCUAUGUGGAAGUUGGGCUGGGGAUACGAAUGUGUAUUCGAAAACUUGCUCCGGAGACUGCAAAGACAAUGUUGCCAAUAAUCCGACCGCGUUCAAGGACGCGUACUGGGAAUUCGGCUCAUUCCACGUCUACUCUGCUGCAGCAUAA